AUGGUCCACAACAGUAGCAGCGACAAUUUGAGUGAGUGGAGACUCAAGAAAGCUUUGCCUGGAGAUGAAGAAGGCGGUGAAGUGGAAGGAGACCUUCGAAAUAUACCAGAUAUCGUUGUUGAGACGUUAGAGUUGAAAAAUCAGACCCAGUACGAGCAUCACAAGGCAGAUCCGCCCUUGUUGACGUUCAGAUACUUCCUCCUGAGCGUUUUGUUUGUGGUUCCGGGUGCCCUGAUGGACACGAUGAACUCAUUCAGAACAACAAGUGCACCGUAUGGAGUUUUGGUGGUGCAACUUCUAUCGUAUCCACUAGGAGAGUGGCUUUCGCAAGUAUUGCCCCACAGAGAUGUGAACUUGGGGUUGUUCAAGUUCAGCUUGAAUCCAGGACCCUGGUCCGUCAAAGAAUCGGUCCUGGUAACACUAACAGCGGCAUCUGGAGCAACUGGGAACCAGGGAACCUUUGGAAUCUCGUUGGCAAAGAUCUUUUACGAUAUUGACAUUCCCGUCUGGGCGUGCUUGGCUUUUAUGUACGGAAUAGUGUGGACCGGGUACUCCUUUGGUGCGGUAGCGAGGAAAUUCGUGCUCUAUGAUCCGAAAUUCGUCUGGCCCAAGGCCUUAAUGCAAACGUCUCUUUUCCGGGCUCAGCAGAAAGGCUCUCGAGCAAAAAGCGUAAAUAGUGGAAAAACGCCGCAGAUGAAGGUGUUCCUUUUCGCAAUGGCCGGCAUGUUUGCGUGGCAGUUUUUCCCCGAGUUCAUCUUCCCCAUGACAUCGUCUCUUGCCGUUUUGUGCUGGAUGGCCCCGCAUAAUUCGGCAUUCAACUUCAUAGGCUCAGGGUUGGGUGGCUUGGGAGCCGUCAACUUUUCCCUAGACUGGAGUAAUAUCACGUCCGAGGUGAUGCUAAGCCCCUAUUGGACCAUCGCGUUGGAGUUUGUGGGCUUUGUGCUGACCUGCUGGUGCUUUCUUCCCGUAAUCAAGUGGUUUAAGGCUGGAAAAUACGCCUUGGGGCUCAUGGACAACCAUCUUCUUCUCUCAAACGGCAAGCAUUAUCCAAUUGAGAAGCUCCUGACGGACGAUUUCCGCUUCAACAAGACUGCCUACGAUAUGUACGGCCCCAUUUACUACGGAUCGCAGCGUCUCUUCAACAUCUUCUUCGACUAUGCGGCGUACACGAGUGCGAUUAUGUGGCUGGUGACGUUUGGAUGGAAGGAUCUAGAGAAAAGCUGGUUGCACGUCCGAAAAUGGGCCUCGAGACGCUCAUCGGAGUUCACAAAAGAGGAGAUUCCGCUUCUUUCUGAUCACCAAUCCUCAUUUGCAGACCUGUCAGCACAGAAACCACAUCAGCAUGCUGAAAAAUCUCCCCGAUACGAUGACCGGAUCAACAAGCAGUACUCCCUGUACAAAGACGUCCCUGAUUGGUGGUUUGGCGCUCUUUUCGCACUCAGCUUCAUCACACUUUCCUGCGUGACGUAUUCCGGGCUUGUUUUCAUGUCAUGGAGGACCUAUAUAGUGGCAUUGGCGGUUGGUGCCGUCAUAGUGACACCCAUGGCCUAUUUGUAUGCAUCUUCGAACUUCCAGUUGGCAAUCGGGACGUUUAACGAGCUUCUUUACGGCCUCAUGGUGCAGCAUAAGACGUUUCUUCCAUCCUCCGGGCUGAAACACCCAGUUGGAGCAUCGAUGUAUGGCGCAAUAGCGGGGAACUGCUGGUACAGAGCCCAAUACAUACUGCAGGACCAGAAAAUAGGAAUGUACAACCUGGUCCCGCCCAGGUAUGUGUUCUUUUCGCAGAUAUUCGGCGACUUGAUCGGCGUUCCCUUCAACUACCUUUCUCUCAGAUGGGUGCUUAAACACAAGAUGCAGUAUCUCAGGGGUGAGAUAGACGACCCUUUACAUCAGUGGACGGGCCAGACUUUGGUCAAUUAUGUUGCCAACGGGGCGCAAUACGUGUUGGUUGGACCUCAAGAGCUCUUUAACAGGUAUAGAUUUCUUCCCUACGGGUUUGCUGUUGGUGCCAUUGCCCCAGUGGUGAUCUUCUGCAUCUACCGAAAGACAAACUUCCGGAUCUUGGCCCACUUCAACCCCACCAUCGUGUUCUCGACCAUGUCCACAUUCUAUGGAAAUAUUAGCACUGGCUACUUGACGAGGUUCUUGGUUGGCACGUACACCAUGUUCUACCUGAGGAGGUUUAGAAAGCAGGCCUUUAAGAAGUACAACUAUGUGGUUGCCGCUGCUUUUGACACCGGGUUCAACCUCUGCAGCAUUGCCAUCUUCUUCUUUUUCAGCAGUGGGUAUUUCAGCAAAGAUGGCCAGCCUGUUUCAUUUCCGAAUUGGUGGGGGAAUGACCCAAAUAGCAUAGAAAGGUGUUACGCAAAGUGA